AUGUCGGAAGAAUUAAGAGAAUCAUCAUAUGACUGGGACAAACCAUAUCCCUGUGAUAUCUGUGGUAAAUCAUUGUCUGACAGGAAUAGCUUAACUCAACACAAACGUAUUCAUACAGGAGAGAAACCAUAUUGCUGUGAUAUCUGUGGUAAAUCAUUCUCUGAUAGCGUUAGCUUAACUCAACACACACGUAUCCAUACAGGAGAGAAACCAUAUACCUGUGAAAUCUGUGGUAAAUCAUUCUUAAGUAGCAGUCAAUUAACACGACACAUACGUACUCAUAUAGGAGAGAAACCAUAUCACUGUGAUAUCUGUGGUAAAUCAUUUUCUGAUGAUAGUAGUUUAACCAAACAUAAACGUAUUCAUACAGGUGAGAAACCAUACCAUUGUGAUAUCUGUGGUAAAUCAUUCUCUAAUGGCAGUCACUUAACAGACCAUAAACGUAUUCACACGGGGGAGAAACCAUAUCACUGUGAUAUCUGUGGUAAAUCAUUCUCUGUUGGCAGUAGCUUAACUACUCACAAACGUGUUCAUACAGGUGAGAAACCAUACCACUGUGAUAUCUGUGAUAAAUCAUUCAGUCGAACAGGUAGUUUAGCUACUCACAAACAGGUUCAUACAGGGGAGAAACCCUAUCACUGUAAUAUCUGUGGUAAAUCAUUCUCUGAUGGCCGUAGCUUAACUAAGCACAAACGUAUUCAUACAGGAGAGAAACCAUAUCACUGUGAUAUCUGUGGUAAAUCAUUCUCUGAUAGCGUUAGCUUAACUCAACACACGCGUAUCCAUACAGGAGAGAAACCAUAUACCUGUGAUAUCUGUGGUAAAUCAUUCUCUGUUGGCAGUAGCUUAACUACUCACAAACGUGUUCAUACAGGUGAGAAACCAUACCACUGUGAUAUCUGUGAUAAAUCAUUCAGUCGAACAGGUAGUUUAGCUACUCACAAACAGGUUCAUACAGGAGGGAAACCAUAUCACUGUAAUGUCUGUGGUAAAUCAUUUUCUGAUGAUAGUAGUUUAACCAAACAUAAACGUAUUCAUACAGGUGAGAAACCUUACCACUGUGAUAUCUGUGGUAAAUCAUUUUCUGAAAGUCGGCAUUUAACUAGACAUAAGUUUAUUCAUUCUGUAAAAAAAUCCUAAUCACUGUGAUAUGUGUGGUAAAUAAUUCUCACAAAAUCCUUGCUUAGUUAAACACAAGUGCAUUCCUUAGGAAGUGGAUCCGUAACACUGAUAUUUGUUUACAACAUCUCAAAAGGACAAGCUCGUAUCUCAUAAGCACAUCCACAGAAAAUAGAAACUAUAUUACUGGGAUAUCUAUAGUAAAUCUUUCACUUGAAACGAUCCAUUAACGAAUCAAAGGAAUAAUGACAGACAAGGGAAAUCGUAUCACUGUGAUAUCAGUGCUUAAUCAUUCUUUGAAAAUGGUGAAUUAAUUAUGCAGUCAUAUUAAUAUGAAAGAUGUAAUAUUUUUCAUAUUAAUAUCAUCAUCAUCAUCAUUUAACGUCCGCUUUCCAUGCUAGCAUGGGUUGGACGGUUCAACUGGGGUCUGGGGAGCCCGAAAGCUGCACCAGUCCAGUCAGAUCUGGCAGUGUUUCUACAGCUGGAUGCCCUUCCUAACGCCAAUAUGACUGUGUAUAAUUAAUUCACCCUCCUCUGUCAAUGCUCUUGAUAUUUGUGCUAAGUCAAUCUAUGAAAAUGAUCAAUUAUGAAAACAUAAACGCAUUCAUACAGAAGAGGAACCAUAUCACUACAAUGAUGAUAAUCAUCAUUUAAUGUUCACUUUUCCAUGCUUCUGUCCAUCAGAUGGAAUUCAUUGAUGGAGAUUUUCUUCAGCUGGAUGCCUUUCCUGUCUCCAAUCCUCACCUGAUUCCAAGCAAGGAAAUAUUUUACAAAGAAGACUGGAAAUGAACAACUGCAUUUGUAUAAUGGUCUUUUACAAGCAUCACAUAAUAUUUGGACAAGGGUACACACACGCAUUUGUGUGUAUGUUUGAAAAAUUUGUUAUAGGAGAAUAUUUUAAUAUUUUCUGUACGUGUAAAAGUUUGUAUUUCCUAUUAGGAAAUGAAACACAUGUAAUGCUGAAUAAAUAAUAUCAAACUUUUUCUCCACUCUCCUUAUGUGUUAUGUAAUUACUCUGCAAAUGUUUUUGUCCAAAC